UGUUAUCUUCCUGACAGCUUUACACUCCACUCCCAGCUGACGAAGUCUUCUAGAUUAAUUGUUAGCUAAUCGUAACACUAUCUAAUAAUUAGAUAAAGUUAUUCUAUGUGGAAUGGAAGCGAUGGAGGUCGACUCAGUGUUCUACACUGAUCGCAGUGGAAGAGUCACCAGUAACCCACUGCUGGACCAGCUCCCCAGCUACCAGUCGCUGCUGUACCGCAGGAAGUCGUCGACUGGUGGCACCAAGAGAAGAAGCAGCACAAGAGCUCGGCUCAGCUCCUCUGGCAGUGGGAAAUGGGGCGUGAACACAGUCAACAGACUAGAGGAGAAGCAGAAGGGUCAGACGGAGCAGAGACCCAUCAGGGAACUAGCCAAGACCAUGGCUGAGAAACGCAGAGACAAGACGCAGCGUUUGGUGGAGGCUCGAGAGCUCAGCAGCUGGAGACAGUGGAGGCAAAGCACCCGCAGGAAUCUGAGGAGGCUGAAGGACGAUGCCCAAGAAUGGCUGAGCUCCCUGCAGCUCUGGAGGGGAGACAUCCACCUGAUAGAGGGGAUGUUUGGCACAGGGAUCCUGUCUUACUUCUCCUUCCUGCGCUUCCUGGUCAUGCUCAACAUGAUCAUCUUUCUGCUCAUGUUCAGCUUCGUCAUGUUGCCCAUCAUCAUGGCCCCCUAUUCUUCAGGGAAUACCACCUACAACCAGAAUGAUGGCAGCAUUUGCAGUGUGUAUCCAAGCAGCGCUCGACGAGGCCUGGUGAUCUUUCAUGAACACAUUACAGAUCUGCUGUCUGGUGGAGGCUUUCUGGAACAGACCUAUCUUUUCUACGGCUACUACAAGGUGGACAAAAUCCACUUUCCAAGCAUCACUUAUAAUUUGCCUCUGGCAUACCUGUUGGCCACUGUGGCGUACCUGUUCCUCAGUCUCAUCUGGAUCGUUAAAAGGUCGGCCACGGGAUUCAAACGUAACCUGGUUCAGGAUGAGGAUCGCUUUCAGAGUUUCUGCAACAAGAUCUUUGCCGGCUGGGACUUCUGCAUCACCAACGAGAACGCUGCGAGGCUGAAGAGAAGCAGUCUGCUCUAUGAGCUCAAGACGGAUUUGGAAGAAGAGAGGAUCAAGCAGAAAAUAAAGGAUCGCACCCGCAAAGAGAAGUGCCGGAUUUACGUCAUCCGCCUCAUCCUCAACCUUUUUGUCAUUGCUGUGCUGGCUGGUUGCUUCUACAGCAUUUAUGUAGCCACCGUAUUCUCCCAGGAAGCACAGAUGAAUAAUACAAAGGUGAAUUUCAUUGUGGAUUUGAUCAAUGAGUAUCUUCCCUCAAUUGUUAUCACCCUGGCCAACUUCAUCACCCCCCUCCUCUUCUCCGUUAUCAUCAAUUAUGAGGACUACUCCCCUGCCUUCGAGAUCCGCUUCACUCUCAUGCGGUGUGUCUUCAUGCGGUUGACCAGUAUUGGGGUUUUGCUCUUCUCUCUCUGGUCUCAGAUCACUAAAUGUAAAGAGGAGCCCUGCGUCUGUGGCUAUAACCACGUGCUUUACUCUUGUUGGGAAACCCGUGUAGGCCAGGAGAUGUACAAACUCACCGUCUUUGACUUCAUCAUCAUUGUCGCAGUCACCAUCUUUGUGGAGUUUCCCCGAAAGCUGAUAGUGAAGUACUGUGAGUGUGGCCUGGCUAAGUGGUGGGGCCAGCAGGAGUUUGCUAUUCCUCAGAAUGUGCUAGAGAUCGUCUACGGUCAGACCAUCUGCUGGAUCGGCACGUUCUACUGCCCGAUGCUGCCUGCCAUCUGCACCAUCAAAUACUUCUUUAUAUUCUACAUCAAAAAGGUAUCAUUGAUGAAUAACUGCCGACCAGCCACACGUCCGUUUCGAGCUUCUAGCUCCAACUUCUUCUUCCUUGGCGUGCUGCUGAUUGGUCUGGCUCUGGCCUGCCUGCCUGUCAUUGUUAGUGUUGCACAAAUAAACUGUUCCCAGGCCUGUGGACCAUUUGUUAAUUACACCACCUCCUGGGAGGUGCUGCCAACUACGGUAGCCCAGCUACCUGAUGGAGUACGGACCCUACUCUUCGCUCUCUCAUCAGAGGCCUUCGCUGUCUCCUUCUUUGUUUUUACAUGUUUGGCCAUGUUUUAUGUGAUUGCCUUAGCUGGAGCUCACAAGAGAGUUAUUAACCAACUAAGGGAUCAGCUGGCCAUGGAGGGCCGUGACAAACGUUUCCUGAUCCAGAAGCUGUGCCAGGCCCAGAGGCUCUCAGCGAUCAAAUCUCCAGCGUCCAAAUCCCAGCCCCGCAGCAGCAGAAGCAGCCCCUGCUACCAUACCAGCUUCUCCAACAAUUUCAAUGAAGCGGUGUUCCUGGCACACCCGCCUCCAGACUCCUCCACACAUGUGUGAGGCAAAGACCUAAUAUUACAGACCAGAUGCAAGACUGGACAAAUGUACUGGGACUGAAAAACAGAAAAUCUUAACUGCUCUUUUUUUUUUUUAUUGCGAAAACACUACAGCUUGGGAGUUUCUGUGGACCUGCUGACAUAAAUGCAUCGUGCUUUUUCAGUGUUCCUUUGUUGACAAUCUAAUCAUAAAACUAAGCGGCAAUGUUCAAGUAUUUUUAAACCAAAGCAGUCGUUGCUGAUCAGAUGUUUUUUGUGGUAUUUUUCUUUACUGUAAGUUCUGUCUGUCAUUCGGUCCUUCUGAGAAGGAUUUGCAUUACUAUAACCACUGGAGUUUGAAAAAACCUUCUGAAUUGUAUGCACUUUAAAAGUAUUUAACACUAGUGUUUUCUUACUUGUAGAACUUGUUUUAAGUCAGUACUAUGCAUUCAUUGUAUGUCUCGUGUGUUUUAAAAUCUGACAUUUAUAUCAUUAUUAUUUGCUCUGAGGUUACAUGAUAAUUCAGAGACACAGUAUCAUACUAACCCUAAACUCUAACCAUGUUCUCUUUAACAGUAAUGUUACUCAAUUUUUUUAACUUUAAAAUAACUCUUGGGUGGUAGGUAUGUUAGAACCAUGAAUACUGUUUGUCAUAUUUUGGGUAAAUAUGCUGUUUUUAUGUAAGGUACGUUUUAAGUGGCUGCUCUAAAUAUUGAACUUUUUA